AUGCCAUCAUCCUGGGUGUUAGAAGAAUCUUCAGCCAAACCUUGGGAUUUGGCAAAUAUUGCCACAUUAGCUGUUCAAGCAGAAUGUUCUGAUGGUAUGGCUUCUGCCAUGAAGCUUUACACUGAAAAGCAAGAGCAGUUGGGAUAUGAAGAGGGGAAUUUACUCUCUGUGGCAUUCAAAAAUGUUGUGGGAGCUAGACGAUCAGCUCAGAGAGUUAUCUCAGGAAGUGAGGCCAAGGCAGCCAAUCAUCCCAAGAGAAGGCAAGUUACUGAAGAAUGUCGCAUGAAAAUGGAAGAAGAACUGAAUCAAAUAUGCAGUGAGGUUUCAACAUUGAUAGAGAAAUAUUUGACGUCGAAUUUUGCCAACAGUGAAAGCAAAGUAUUUUAA